UCUCUCUCUCUCUCUCUUGCUCUGACCAGAAUCUGUUCCAUUCAUCUUCUCUGGUUUCGAUUCCAAUUCGCUGGGGUAAGAAUUCGAUACACCGUUUUCUUAGUCGUGUAGGGGAAUUUCGGGGUAUCUGAUCUCAUUAUGUUUUGCUUCAUUUUCACGUUUUUUGUUGCGUUACUUCACUCCACUUCGCAUCGCAUUGCCCAACUCCACUUCCCUCGCAAUUCCGAUCCUACGCUGAUCUGAAGAUUGAUGACAAAUAGUCUGGUUUGGGUAUCAAAAACAAAAAUCAAGUUGAGUGGUAUUUUGCUGGAAAAUAAUGGAAGCACAUCCUACUUUCUCCAUUGAAAGAUCAAAGCAACUCAAUAGCAUGGGGAUGUCUGGAGCACUUUCUUCAUCUUUGUCAAUCCUUCCAAUACCCACAGAAGAUAUGUAUCCUAGGCUGCCUGAAUCACAAUUGGAUAUUGUAGAUCAAGAACUUAUGACAAGACCUUAUACUCAUUCAAGUUAUUUGAAUUCCAACGGAGUAGUUGGGCAUAUUUUUUCGUCUUCCUCUGCAAAUUCAAUUGACCUUCAUCACUCAUCUCUUUCACCUGAUGAAAAAAACUCUUCUAACGCUCAUUUUAUUUCACAAUCAUCAACCAACAUUGCCCAAUUUCCAUUAUCAUAUUCUUCGAGUACUGCACCACCAACUUCAGCAACACCAACCCAUUUUUCCAAAGAAAACAGUGCUUCCUGGCAUACAGAGUCCCUGCCAAGUUUUCUGGAUUUUCCUGCACAUGACUCAAUGGACGAUAAUAGGGUAGAAAGUAGUGAUUGCCCUAUAAUGGCAUCCGAGGAGUAUUCUAAGCAAAAUGAUUGGCAGGAGUGGGCUGAGCGGCUAAUCAGUGAUGAUGACACUUUGACUUCUAAUUGGGAUGACCUUCUCACUGACAACAUUCGAGACAUUGAGCCAAAGGUGCCAUUCCAGGUUGCAAAACCACUUUCACAGUUUCCAGGACAUCAAUCCCAAGGUCUACAACAACUUCCUGCUUCAUAUGGAGACAAUUGCUCUGGAGCUACCCUCUCCUCCUCAGCAAAUUCUACUCCUGCCAAGUCACGAAUGCGUUGGACACCAGAACUUCACGAGGCGUUUGUGGAGGCUGUCAACCAACUUGGGGGAAGUGAAAGAGCUACUCCAAAGGGUGUGCUGAAGCUCAUGAAAGUUGAAGGAUUAACUAUAUAUCAUGUGAAAAGCCAUUUGCAGAAAUACAGGACAGCUAGAUAUAGACCGGAGUCAUCUGAAGGAGUUGCGGAGAAAAAAGCAGGUUCCAUUGAAGAGAUGUCAUCUCUAGAUUUAAAAACUGGUAUUGAGAUCACUGAAGCUCUACGACUACAAAUGGAGGUUCAGAAGCGGUUGCAUGAACAGCUUGAGGUGUGAACUUCAUUUCUCUAGAAUUUAUUUCGAACAUAUAUCAAUGAAUUGAAUGUAUUUGUAUAUGAAGGGUGUUUCAAAGGUUUGUUCAGCUUGAAAGAUGUAUUUAUAUAGUUAUCCAUAUUUUGGAAACUAUAUCUGUCAUUGAUCAUAGGCACAAUUAACUAGUCAU